AGUGAUCCUGGAGAGGAGGGGACCAUAAAAAGGAUACAAAUGCGGCUGAAAGACCCCUUCUCUUUAAAAGCCGCAGACAUGACUAAGCGGUCUAACAAGCCAAAGAAGCCUCGCGAUGAAGACUCGUCCGAUGAGGUUGGCGGGUUGACGUGCCAGCAUGUUAGCAGGGCUGUAGACCUCAGCUCAGUAAAGAAAGCAGUGACAGGCAGCCUGUGGUCGGUGUGCUCCGACUGCCUUAAAGAGAGGAACAUGCUUGAGGGAGAACCAGCAGGAGGACAUGACAUCCUUGUGUGCCUCAAGUGUGGGUUUCAGGGUUGUAACCAGGCAGAAACUCAGCAUUCCACAAAACACCAGCAAGCUCAUCACUCUGACUCUCACUGUAUCACCAUCAGCCUCAGUACAUGGAAAGCCUGGUGUUUUGAAUGUAAGGAAGAGCUCUCCACUCACUGCAAUAAGAAAGCGCUGGCUCAGACUCUGGACUUCCUGCAGAAGCACUCCGCAAAGGCCACCUCAGGAACAACCUCAAAAUUUAUCAGGCUCAGAGAGGAACCUGCUGAGUAUGUGGACACUCAGAAAGGGAAGAGUCCAGUGAAUAGCACACUUAUCCCAGUCAAGGGCAUCAACAACCUGGGUAACACCUGCUUCUUCAAUGCUGUGAUGCAGAAUCUCUCCCAGACCCACAUGCUGAAUGACCUCAUUCAAGACGUCAAGGAGAAAGGACAUAAGAUGAAGAUCUGCCCCCCUGCUGAGACUAACUUGGGCUCACUAACAGUGACGUUGCCCAGUCCAGAGCCCCUCACCUCAGCCAUGUUCCUGUUCCUCCAAAGCAUGAAGGAGCCUGGGAAAGGGCCUGUCUCCCCCAAGAUACUUUUCAACCAGCUCUGUCAGAAAGCCCCUCGCUUUAAGGGUUACCAGCAACAGGACAGUCAGGAAUUGCUGCAUUACCUCCUGGACUCCAUGAGAGUAGAGGAGACAAAGCGCAUUAAAGCAGGCAUCCUCAAAGCCUUUAACAACCCCACGGAGAAGACAGCUGACGAGGAGACAAAACGACAAGUGAAGGCUUAUGGGAAGGAAGGAGUGAAAAUGAAUUUUGUCGAUCGGAUUUUUGUUGGAGAGCUGACCAGCACCAUAAUGUGUGAAGAGUGUGAACAUAUUUCCACUGUGAAGGAAGCCUUUAUUGACAUUUCCCUUCCUAUCAUAGAGGAAAGGAUCUCUAAGCCCACAAACCCUGGUAGACUAGGGAAAAGUGGGCGGGAGCAAGAUGGUCUGGCCUCCCAUGAUGACUCAACAGCUGCCCAUUCACAAGCCAAUCGAAACAGCCGGAGGUUGAGUGGACAGAAGCUGCAGGGUCGGCAUUCGUCCACUUCUCAUGAUGAAAGAGGUGCUGAUUCAGUUUCCAGCCGACAAGAAGAAGAGCUCUGUGUGGCUGGGCGUGGCCUAGCCAGUUACCGGACGGAUACAAUGGGCAGCCAAUCAGACUGCAGCGAGAAGGAUUCCAACAUGCAGGACAGCAGUAACGAUGCGGACAGUGAGGCCUCCGAGAGCGAAUGGUCUCCUCGGAUCCCAUCUGUUUCCACUCACAGUAGCACAUCAGAUAAAGUCUCAACCACCACGACUUCAGCCUCAACAGCACACAGUUCAAGUCUAAAACUUAAUCUGAACCCGAGCCCCGCUCCCUUAGCCUCCAUUAGACCCCAGCAGGGCGGCGCUGUAGAGCAGCUUGUCAGCGCUGUGUCCAAGCUGGGUCUGGUGCACACUUCCACUGACACUCUACCUGUCAGUCACAGUGCAGAGGAACCGUCUGAAAUCCGGGAGAGAGACCGUCAGCACCAUCAAGGAGCCUUCCAAGCCCUCUGCCACAGUUACACCCCCAGCUCUAAAGAGUGCUCCGUACAGUCCUGUCUGCAUCAGUUCACCUCUAUCGAACUGCUGAUGGGCAACAACAAACUGCUUUGUGAGAACUGCACUGAGAGAAGGCAAAGACAGAUGAAGAGGAGUGAUAAAAAGUCUGAGAAGGUGUACACCAGUGCCCGCAAACAGAUGCUCAUCUCGGCACUUCCUCCAGUGGUCACUCUUCACCUUAAACGAUUUCACCAGGCCGGGAUGAAUCUGAGGAAAGUUAACAGACAUGUGGAUUUUCCGCUUUUGCUAGACCUGGCGCCUUUCUGCUCUGCCACUUGUAAGAACCUCGGGUCAGGAGAGCGUGUGCUGUACAGCUUGUAUGGCAUUGUGGAACACAGUGGAUCAAUGCGAGGUGGGCACUACGCAGCCUACGUGAAGGUCCGCACCCCCCAGCGCAAACCUGAGCAGCGCCGGAACCAGUCAGGUUCCAGAGAGGCCAGUUCAGCCCCACAGGGUCAGUGGGUGUAUGUUAGCGACACCAACGUACAGACUGUACCGGAAUCCAGAGUGCUGAACUCUCAAGCUUAUUUACUUUUCUACGAAGAACUGCUUUAGAGCCUGACGUGCGUGCAAAUGCGAGAUGAUCCAGACGAAUGCAAAAGGCAAUAUCAGCUCAGACAACAGCAAGCACUUACUGCAUGACCCUGUAUUUUAACAUAGGAAGCUUGGUCUUUUGGCUCACUCAUUACUCAAGGUGAUCUGAAUUAAAAUUGGGAUUAUUAUUACUGAUGUAAAAUAGUAUUCCGAAUUUAAGUUAUUUAUAUUUUACAGCUAAUAUUUGAGCAUAACAUUUAUUUUUUGAGUGUUCAUUUUGCAGGAUAAAUUGCCAAAGAGUAAUUUAGGAUACGUAUGUAUAGAAUAUAUAAAAUGAGAAGGAGAAUUGUGCCAAAAGAGACUGUAACCUCUGAUGUGAAAGGGAAACUCAGCACAAUAUGCAGUUGUUGCUUUCAGAGCCGUUUAAACCAUAUCCUGCACUGGGUCAGACGUACACAAACAAGUUAUCAUUUACAUGGAGAUAAUAUUACAUUCACAAGGUUACUUAGUUUCAUUCAUUUUUGAGUUAACACAUUUAACUUUGGUUUGCUAGAUCAGUACUAAUUUUCAUAAUGUUUUUGAAUGUAGUUUGAUUCAAAUGAUAAAAGUUUUAUGAAUUUAUAACUGAGAUGUAACAUAAGAAUGGUUAAAGACUUGGUGCAAUAUUCCUAGACUUUGCCUCAUGCCUAAUUUUUCGGUUUCAGAAAUGAAUGAGUAGAAAACAAAGUAUUAUUAUUUCCCAUCACGAUUUUUGAAACUACAUCGGUGCCUACGGUUUAUGAGGGCUGAGAUUGUUUUGCAUGUCUUUAGCGAAGUAUUCAAUUCAUACGAGAGUAUAAAGAGAACGGUUUGUGUAUAUACAGAUUAGAAAUAUACAUAAUUGUAUGUAAAAUAUGUAUCUUGUUCAAUACUAUUUAUUCUGUUUACUGGGCAGAUAUUGUAACACCAUAGAUUUGUGUGGUGUAUAAGGCUUCAGGGUUCCUCAAGCUGUUCUUUUGCUUGAAUUUUGUGAACAUAAUCCAGUAUAAAUCAUUUAAAAUGAUAAUUUAAAUACAUUUAGUUGACGAAAACCUUGGAGUGGGUUUGAAAUGAUUGCAUUUGGGGUCUCUGGGUUUCUUGUCUCUCUCUCUCAUUCUGGAGAUGCUGUCGGCCAUUAGUAUCCCCUGUCGGCAGAAAUCCCAGGAUGCCACUUUCACUCUGUCCCCGGCUGAAAUUCAGCAUGACGGGUGCAAAGGCGUGCUGUUUUCGACCAUGUCGCUGACUGGUGAAGAGGAGGUGGGUGUGGAAUCAGAAAAGGGCAACGUCCGAAACGAUUGUGUCCUCCUGCCUUCCUCCUCUCCUCAUUCUGUGACAUUUGAAUCAAGCUGUAGACUGUUAUCAGUUACAAACACCAACAAAAAGUGUGCAAUCUUUGCAAAGCAUGUCUAUUUUUAAAGCAGGGCUCUCUUUCGAGUGAUUUAAUGUGAGUUAAUGAUUGGAUGUGUUUCCCUCAGUCUAAGCUGACAGAGAAACCUGAUAUGAGGGACGGGUGGAGCUGCUUCUGCUUUCAAAAGAACCCGUUGAAUGUGAAGGGAGACAUUCAGACAUAUCGGGUUGGAAAAGGGUUUUUGCUUUUCUUCAUACCUUCAGGGCACACAGAUAACAAGUGGGUAGAGAUGAUGCUUGUUAUCUUUUAUGACCCAGCUGUGUUUCUGGAUUACUCUAUAGCAUGUAACCUUUUCUGUCACUCUUUCAAAAGCGAUUCUGUCUGUAUGAGGUGGCAGCGCUGUUUUACACGUGUCUCAGGCUGGGUGAAUUAAAUUCCCUCUCACUGGACAGCACACAAAAAAGUGUAUGAUAUGAAUCGGUGUGAUGGAUAGGAUAUCAAAGCUCUACUCAAGUAAUGACCAUCUCAUUUCUUGGUUUUGUAGCAGCCCUACUGUAUGCAUUUAUCUGCUAUUAUGUUUUGAAGAUGCCAGAGAGGUUAUCUGAAAUGCCUGGUGUAUUCAGCUCAACAAUUCUUAUAAUUCUUAGUUUGUUGAAGGUUUGUCCUCAAAAUUCCUUCAUUCCAUGCAAGCUUCAGUAGCAGCGUGGUAUUGAAUGGCUCAUUGAAAUAACAGUGUGGUGUGUCAGUCAAUACCACGCCACUCUCUUGUUUUUGAGACUAAAUUCAGAAUUUACAAAAAGCAAGCGGAGAACAUAAAAGAAAAGACUGUUACAUUACAUUCUUAUAACAAUGUAUGUCUAGUAUGUUCAUUGUCAUGGGAACUAGUACAUUUAAGAUGUUCAUUUUCAUUUAAAUGGUCCAGUGGUAAGACUUUUUUCUUUUUAUUCCAUGUAGUUUCUAAAUUAGUAUUUCAAGGCCUGAACUGCUGGCAUAUUAUUGUAUAUGUAUUAAUAUAAAUGACUAUUUUAAGCUAAUAUAUGGAUUCUUUUUCAGUCAUUAAAAAAAAAAAGACUUAGAACAGCAGUGGUUUUCAACCAGGAGCUAGGACCGGCUAGAAAUAAUUAAAAUAUAAGACAAAACUUUGAAAUAAGCAACUUGUUUAAGUUAAAACAACUAAACAUCAAGAUUUAAGAUGACACAGUGUUUCUUAUUUUCAUGUGUUCCUUGAGAAACUGUUCAUUUUUAAUUGCCAGGAUUUAUGAGGGAAUUUUAAUGUGUAAUUUCUAUAUACACUACCAGUCAAAAGUUUUUGAACAGUAAGAUUUUAAAUCCAAUUCAUUAUUUUUUAAUUAUUUGACCCAAAUUACAGCAAAAGCAGUAAUAUUGUGAAAUAUUUUUACUAUUUAAAAAUAACUGUUUUCUGUUGAAAUAACAUCAAGCAUCAAUUCUCCAGUCUUCACUGUCACAUGAUCCUUCAGAAAUCAUUCUACAAUUCUGAUUUGCUGUUCAAGAAACAUGUAUUAUUAUUAUUAUUAUUAUUAUUAUUAUUAGCAGUAUGUAAAACAGUUGAGUACAUUUUUUUUUCAGGAUUCUUUGAUGAAUAGAAAAAUUCAAAGAUCAGCAUUUAUCUAAAAUAAAAAGCUUUGGUAACAUUAUACA